AUGGCAUCUGGCCGCAAAACAGAAUUCACCCCAAAGACACCCCAGAAACACACCCCAAAAAGUCCUUGCAAGCACAUUUUUCCUCUCGAACACCCCCAAACAGUUUAUAUCACCCCAGAGACCUGUCCUAGUGGCGCCCGACCCCAGCUACUGGUCCUAGUGGCGCCCGACCCCAGCUACUGGUACCAGCGAAACCCCAAAAACACCCCAAAAUGUCCUAGUGGCGCCCGACCCCAGCUACUGGUCCUAGUGGCGCCCGACCCCAGCUACUGGUACCAGCGGAACCCUUUGGCUGAUGAGAUCUUUAUCACCGACGUCACUGCGAAUCUCAUCACUGUCACUAUUCGAGAGUGCAAGAAACGACAAGGAUUCUUUAAAGAUAAUACUGAUGAGAACCAGAAUUCCCAGUCAUCCAUUAAGUGA